AUGGGCCAACACCUCUCCGUACCACCAUCCUCGUACGCCACAGCAGGAGGGCACCAUGGCUCCUCCACGGCGACGGGCACGCUCGUGACCGCUGCCGCCGCCGCACCGAAUGGCCCAGCAGCGAACGCGACGAAUGCCUCUUCGGCGAUCGGCGGCGGCCUCCUCGCCGAGUUGGGCGCCGAGAUUGGCUACGACAAGAGGUGAGUCAACCCAGGUGCUUCACAGCAGGAAGUUACCGAGCUCAUGACCGCGCACAUCCACAGCAUGGGCGCCUCGCGGUUCCUCAAGACGAUCCGAGCUCGUCAUCGCUCGGGAGCUCUCGUCGUCAAGGUCUUUGUCAAGGAUGACCCGGGAUUGAGUUUCAGGCCGUUCGAGGAGAGAAUAAAGCGUGCGUUACACUCGUCGCUGUGCGCGCACGCUUCCCGUCUCUCAUCGCUGAUCCAUCCGUUCUCCCCCGUUCGCCCCCACUUGUAUCAGUCGAACGAGAAGCCCUGUCGCAAGGCGCGAAUGUGCUCGCCUAUCAGCGGGCCGUGGAGACCGAUCGUGCGACGUAUCUUGUUCGGCAGUGGAUGGCUUCGAAUCUGUACGAUCGUAUCAGGUCAGUCGCAGCAAGACGACCCUCCGAGCUCACCACGGCGCUCUAAUCGCUCCCUUGUUCCUCCGAUCACCUCGAUAGUACGAGGCCGUUCUUGACCUCGAUCGAGAAGAAGUGGAUCGCUUUCCAGCUGUUGAUGGGAUUGCGAUAUGCUCACGAGAGAGGCGUAAGUUGAGAUCGUUGACGACCAAGUGCCCACUCCGUAGGGCUAAUUCACCCCCCACUUGGGAACAGAUCUCCCACGGUGACAUCAAGACCGAGAACGUGCUGUGCACCUCGUGGUCCUGGGCCCUUUUGACCGACUUUUCGUCAGCCUUCAAACCUACCUACCUCCCCCUCGACGAUCCCUCGACCUUUUCCUACUACUUUGACACCUCUUCCCGACGGACAUGCUACCUCGCGCCCGAACGUUUCUACACCCCCGAUUCCGAGAUCGCUCGUCAAAAAGCAACCUUGGGCUGGGGUCAAAGCGAUGGACCCGUAACGGAAGCGAUGGACGUCUUCAGUCUCGGCUGCGUCAUGGCUGAAAUGUGGAUGGAAGGUACACCACCUUUUACCCUAUCACAAUUAUUCAAAUAUCGCGAGGAAGGAACGACGACGACGACGGCUGUCGAACCGCAGGAAGGGGAAAGGUAUUCGUUGGAACCGUACCUCAACGAGAUCGAGGACGUCCCGAUGAGGGAUCUUGUUCGGUCAAUGGUCUCGCGGCAGCCUAGUCAGCGAAAGAGUUGUAAGGACUAUCUGGACGAGUCCAAGGGGACGGUCUUCCCCGAAGUUUUUUAUACUUUCCUCCAUCCCUUUUUGGCGGGAUUGAACGAGGGUUCGUCGAUUGGUGCUGAAGGAGGAAUGAACGUGAACCCUGCCUCGACGGGGAUCACGACCACGACUCUGGGUGGUGAGACGCUGGCCCCUCGUUCGAUGGAGACCAGCACGAGCUUACGAUCGGACUCGGACGACAAGAUCGAAAGAGUGUGGAACGAAUGGGAGAUGGUAAUGCAGUACCUCGAAGACGACCUCGUCGCGUCGACCAUCAUCAACAAGGACGCCAACGUGGUGGAGCCUACACCUGUUCCGGGGACACCAGCCGAGACCUUUCCCGUCCUCUUGGACGUCCCGGGCCUCGAAGCAUCCCCGGCUGUAGGAGGGACCCUCGAGGAUGGCCCCGCCUUGAUUCUCCUCUCUCUCCUUUGCUCGAAUCUGCGCAACUGCGUUCGACCUAGUUCGGUGUUGCGGUGUUUGGAUCUCCUAUUGGCGCUGAGUCGUUGCUUGACGGAUGAAACCAAGCUGGAUAGGUUGGUGCCUUAUUUGGUCGCCACGCUUGGGGACGAUGCGCCGAUGGUCCGGAGUGCGGCCAUUAGGAGUUUGACGCAGGUGGUGCGUAGUCUCUCGAGAGCUCUUCCGCGUAUGCUCAUCGAGCUGAACUGUGCUUGGUUCGCAGCUCCUGACGAUCGACUCGGUGACCCCUCUUAACGCCUCCAUCUACACGGAGUACAUCCUGCCCAACAUGCGACCCCUAGCGACCGACGAUUCGCUCCUCGUCCGAUCCACAUAUGCGACCUGCCUCCCCUCUCUAGCAACCCAAGGCAAACUCGUGCUCGACACAAACCAAGCGCUACAAACUACCUCCUCCGCCGCGAUCCCACAACCCCCACUCGACGACCUCCCCGAACCGUAUGACCUCCAGCUCCUCACCCUCCACCAAACGAUUCAAGACCAUCUCCACCCUCUACUCUCCGAUCCCGACCCCUUGGUCCGUCGAUCGCUCCUUUCCCACAUCGGCGAACUGUGCACCUUCUUCGGUCCCCAUCGCGCGAACGAUGCCGUUUUGGCUCAUUUGGUAACGUACCUCAAUUCGAGGGAAUGGAGGUUGAGGGAAGCGUGGAACAAAGGUGCGGGGGAGGUUGCCAAAGUCGUAGGAGGUAAAAGUUGGGAGAUGUUCUUGGCGCCUUUGAUGGUGUUGAGUUUGGCAGGUUCGUUUCCAUCCCUCUACCCGUCUCCGUUCCCUUGAAACAUCGCUGAUCAAUGGGUGGAAUGCGACGGGGAUAGAUAAAGAAGAGUUUGUGACGGUUCAAGUUUUGACCUCCCUGACCUCGUUGAUGCGACAAGGUCUGAUCACCAAAGUCAAAAAAUGGGAAUUGGUCGGACUCAUUACGGGCUUCUUGUGCCAUCCCAACAUCUGGAUACGAGAAGGUGCGUCCCCAGUGGCCUGACUCUCCUUCGAGAGUGCAACUGAUACUUGUGUGAUUACCAGGUGCAGCGAGUUUCCUCGCUUCAACGAGCGAUACCCUGGACCCGACGGAUCGAUGGUGUAUCCUCUACCCGACGAUCAAGAGGCUUUUACGUGCGGACAUCAAGGAAAUUACGGCCUUGUCCAUCUUGGACAAUGCGAGGGAACCGGUUCGUUCUAUCAAAGGGCUGCAUUCGGAUCUCAUCCUGCGAAGAGCAGCAAGUUCCUGAUGCUUUCAUGAUGUUUCCAGCUGUCACGCGUCAUCUUUGAAGCCGCAGUGAGCUGGGCCGGUCGAGCAGGUAAGAGUCAUUUUUGGAGCGCGAAUGGAUCAAGCAAGAACGCGACAAGGGAGAAGGGCGCACCGAGGGACGUCGGAGUGAGGACGGACGAGUGAGUCGAUACGAGCCCAUCAUCGCAUUCGAAGAUUCUCAAGCUGAUGAAAAGAGACUGCGACGCACAAAGGGACCAAGCCCAAUUGGACAAGAUGCGACAAUUGGGGAUGAAGUUCCCUGACGACGAGGUCAAGCUUAACCUUAUGAGGGAUUACAUCUCUCGGUUGGCGGUCGCUCGGCAGGCGUGAGUAGCUCGAUGCUCAUUACAGAAUGUUUGGCAGUAAUGGCUGAUAACUUUGCACUCUCUCGAUCCAUUCUGCAGCAACCCAACCAAAUCGACUGAGCCGACUUCCUCAUCCACACUCGACCCGAUCACCCACCACCCCGCCACGGUCCUCCAAGACCUCGGCAUCAUCCCCGAAACGAUCUUUUUCAACAUCAAGAACGACGAAUCCAGCGCACCAACGGACCGAUCAACGAGCGGUCUCCCACGUCGCUUCUCCCUCGAGCCCUCGAGUACACCACGAUCGGUGUCGGAAUUCAGUGGCUUGGGUGUCGGUGUCGGUGCAAGUCCCGAUGGACGCGGAUCGCGAAGUCGACAAGUGUUGGGUACGCCUUCCUCGACUACGGGGCAGAUCGAUGAUUUGCGACGACGACUCGCUCAAACUUCCCUCGAGGGUACGACGGUCCCACCCUUGAUCGGUCCUUCUCCCUUGAGACAUCCACAACAACGUACCGUAUCCGAAACUUCCUCCAUCAAAACGCACGUUACCGAAUCCUCAACGACGACCACGACCACUUCCGGGACCCGAGUGCAAAAGAACCUGUUCGAAGUCGGCAAAGUCGGUGCAGAGGUCGGGGAAGAUCUGGCGAACGCGCAGGGGAGGUUCGAGGUUGCCCUCGGGACUUCGCAAGUACGACGAGAGGGCGCGAUGGGGAUCGGUUUGGGUGAGAGCCCUUCGGGUGGUCAGAUGAAGAGGCCGUCGAGGUUGGGCAAGGUGCAGCAGCAGAGGUUCGAGACGACGUACAGUGAGUUAUUGUCUGAAACGGUUUCGAUAGCGGGUCUGCAUUGUAAGAAGCUGACGUUCCUCUCUGUCGGUGCCUUGAUCCAGCCGGGAGUGAAGCAGGGGUGAAGCAGCUGCUCGAACGAGCCUACCUGGAAACGUACCGCGAACCCAUCGCCGAUUUCGGACCGCACGUCCCCGUCGGCAUCCCGCGUCGCAAAGCCCUACGCACGGCCUUUCCUCCACGAGAUCGAACACCCGCCAAACCCGAAGGGACGCUCAUCGCGCACUUGGUCGAACAUACCGCGGCCAUCACUUCAAUCGCGGUCUCCCCCGAUCAACUCUUCUUCGUCACAGGGAGUCAGGACGGGACCGUCAAAGUGUGGGACUCGAUCCGGCUCGAAAAGAACGUCACUUCGAAAUCACGACAAACGUUCGAUCAAGGCGGGAGAAUCACGUGCGUUGGCGUUGUGGAGCAUACGAGGUGUGUCGUUAGUGCGAGUGAUAAUGGGAGUGUGUGGGUACAUCGAGUCGAUGUUGCUCUCGGAGGGUCGAUGCCCCGGUACGGGAGGGCGGCGAUGGUGAGGCAAUGUACGAUGCAGGGGAGGGUCGAAUUCGUCACGUGCUUGGACAGCUACAUCACAGGUUAGUUAUGGUCUACUUGUAUCGACUGUCGACUGUGCACCACUUACUAACGCCGAGCUUGACGCAGAAACGACGACCAAUUUGAUUGUCGGCACCUCGCUGUCCACGAUUCAAAUCCUCGAUCUGCGCACCAUGCGGCCUCUGCAUACCUGGCAAAACCCUUCCCACCUGGGCCCCAUUUCGUCCCUGUGCUUCGAUCGCAAAAAAGUAUGGCUCGUCGUCGGCACGGCCCACGGCUUCCUCUCCCUCUGGGAUCUCCGCUUCGGCCUCUUGCUCCGUUCGUGGUCCAUCAGUCCCUCGUCGCACCGAAUCGAACGAAUCGCCGUCCACCCAACCAAAGGCAAAGGACGAUGGAUCAUUGUCUCCGUUCAGGAUUCACUCGAGGCUGAAAGCGAUGUGCACGCACAUACUUCGACGACGCCACACGGGACGACGCAGAUUGCCGAAGUGUGGGAUCUGGAGAGAGCGCUCAAAGUGGAAGAGUUCAGAGUAUCAUCCCCUUCGACCGUUGGAGCAUCAACGAGUCGAAAUGCUGCGGGGACGGAGGGAUCGAGGGCGAACAAGAAGUCGGGGACCGCGAUCCCUUCGACACCAGUAUUUCGCGCGAAAGAGGCCGUGCUCGACCCGUCGAAAGCGAUUGCGAUCUUACUUGAACAAGCCACGAAUAAACGCAACAACCCGAACGGUGUUAAACUCUCCGACGUCCCCGCAAUCAAAUUCGAUGAAACGACGAAACUUACAACCUCGUCCUCGAUGCCCAGCAAAUUGACCGUGCGAGCGCUCUGGGCCGGUGUCGAUUACUCGCACACCGUCGAAGGUGUGACGGCCUCGUCUUCUCAUCCCGGCGGCUUGCACCUCCUCGAUGAAGCCUCGUCAUCGAAUGAGCAUUACGACCGUACAGGAGCGAAAGGCGGCUCGAGUGGUGCCGCAGGGUUCUUGUUGACGGCUGGGGAGGAUCGCAAAGUGAGGUAUUGGGAUCUGGGCAAAGCUUCGCAGUCGACGAUUGUGAGUGGGCAAGAGCUGGAGGAAGAGACGGCGGUGUUCACGUGAGUCGUUUGUCAUACCCCCUCUCUCCUUCGGAAUGUCGGACGUGGCUAACCAGAUGCAUAUAUUAUUGACCUUUGCCCAGUCUGCACUCAUCGACAACGCGUCCCUCAAUCUACUUGGAAUCCCACCCGCCCUCGCAACGAACCUCGCGCGUUCACCGCUCGACCCUGAUCGCGAAUCAUCAACAACAACUCUUGCGAGCCCACCACGAUGCGAUUACGGCCUUGGCCAUUGUCGAUCUUCCCUUCAGGUGCAUCAUCACGGGUGAUAGGAGUGGGGUGGUCAAGGUUUUUGAAUGA